GCGCGACCCACAGUGACACGACCGGACACGCCGCACCUGCGACGGACGCGCGCGCGCGAGUGCACCGGAGUGACAAAGUGAGUGACGGAGAGAGUGACACGCGAGUGGCACGUGAGUGACACGUCGGGUAUGCGUUGAUGUGUUGAGGAGCGGCGACAAAGAUGGCAUCCGGCCCCGCCGUCAUGAUCGGCGCCAACCUCCGGCUGGGCAGCGGCGGCCUGGGCUCGGGCAACGUGUCUAUCAGCUCGUCGCCCGCCUUCCAGUGCCACCCCGGCGGCACCACCGAGGCCGCCAUCAUCUUCUGCCUCGGCUCGCUCGGCAUGGCCGCCAACUUCGCCCUCAUGGUGCUCAUCCUGUCCAAGCGCCAGCUCAGAAGGUGGUCGCAGGGCCUGCUGUUCCACCAGGCCGUGGUGGACGGGUGCCGGGCGGCCAUUCUGCUGCCGCUCGGCAUCAGCAUCUACUACUGCCAGCCCGUGCAGAAGUGCUCGCUCGUCGAGACGGCCUUCCUCCUGCUCGUGACCGUCUCCACCGUCAACAUGCUCACCACCGUCCUCAACGACUCGCCCGUCUUCCCCAACGACGAGGACGACGAGAUGACGGACCUCACGGCCCCGCUGCUCAUGGACUCGCCGCAGUGCGUCCUGUUCGGCGUGUUCAUGAUCUGGUUCGCGUCCAUCACCAUCAACCUGGGCCCCACGUUCCUGAGCGGCGCGCUGGCCGCCAACUCGGAGGCGGGGCACAACGCGCCGUCCUGCCCGCUGGUGCACGGCCCGCUGCGGCACUACGUGCUCAACCUCCUGUGGAUCAUCAUCAACGUCAUCUGCGUGGGGCUGACCCUGUUCCACCUGCACAAGCUGCACCGCGACCUCACCAAGGCCAACGUGGAGGCCGUGCGGGUGGCCGGGCUCGUCACCACCCUGGUCAGCGUCACGGGCGGCGGCGGCGGCCUCGGCGGCCUCAGCGGCCCGACGAGUCAAGGGGGACCCCCACGGCCCGGCGGCGCGCUGGACGAGCACCGGCGCAUGAGGAACUACCUGAAGCGCAUGGAGCGCGAGGGCGUGCAGCGCGUCAAGAUGUUCCUCGUCAUCACCGGCGCCUACGUGCUGUUCUGGGGGCCACUGUUCUUCGUCACGCUGGUGCACCACCCGCUCAUCGUCAGCCCCAUGGGCUAUGAGAUAACCCUGCACGUGGCGUACGUCCACGCCUUCGUGAACCCCACGCUGUUCCUGGUGCUGCACCGCGGGCUGCGCGGCGCCGCGCUGGACGUGUGCUGCGGCUGCUGCCUGUUCCUGGCGGACUGGGGAGACGAGAAUCUGAUGUACGGACAGGCCCCGUGGGGUCGGUCGGUGGACGUGGACCCCGACGGCCAGAACCGCGUCGCCGCCUCGGGCCGGCCCACCUCCCGCGUGGGGCCCAUGGGGCCGACGCCGCGUCGAAGCCAGCCUGCCGCCACAGUGUCCAACCACAGCGGCGGCCCCGUGAGCCCCGGCCGCUACCUCGCCAACCGCAAGGAGUACGAGGACGACGAGGAGGAGGACUCAGUGGCAUGCUCCUCGGUGUCCGACUGA